CUGCUCACCACUGAGCAGCAGCUGCACUCCAGGCUGCGUGGAAAACCAGUUUCCAUGGUAACAUAUCACCAGAUCCAAACAGUCUUCUCACACAGCAGUUUAUUCCUCCGCGUCCAAAAUGACUUCAGAGAAAGACACAACUCUCGUGAAUAAUGACCUCGAGUCAUCACAACCUGGGGAUGACAAAACAAAUGGCCACAUCUCCCAGAUCCCAGGACUGUCCCCGAGCAUCAGUUCUCUAACUAAGGAGAAGAUCCGAGGGCGGAGAAGAGGGGUGAAUGAGAGUGAUUCUGACUUUAUCAAACUUGCAAAACAAGGAGGACAUAAAGGACUUUUGUGGCAUGAGGACCCAAUUACUUCUGAGCCGACUUCAUACAAACCUCCAAACUGGUUCAGUGCAUCAGGAGGCAUUACCCCAAGUCUAAUUAACAGUGCAGCGAAGAAAAACCCUGGAGCUUCUCAACCGCGAGAGCCUCCCUUUGGGACUGACAAUAUGUCAGCCUGGGAGAGGGAUGAUAACAGCAGCAAUGGCAAAGAGAAGGUAAACACAGAAAUGCCUGAGUCAUUUCAGGAGAACAACAAUGAACAACACAUCCAGGUAGAGAAUUUGCAGGCAUCCAAUCAAUGCCAUGAGACCAGCAAAUUCAAGAGGAUAGUUCAUGACAAGAAACCAGCUCCUGUCAACAUGUCUAAGCUGCUGAGUUUUGGCUAUGUAGAAGAGGAUAAACCAACAAUAUGCAGCACAGAUCAAACAAAUUAGAAGACUGCCUCUACGUGGGAAAAGUAUGGACAAGUUCAAAUGCUUCCAAAGGGAUUAGUUGCCAUCCUGUCCUAAAACAAUACUGACUUUUUUACCCGAUGCUGAGCCACAUCAAAUAUUUUACUGUGUUUUUAAAAUUGUUUUGUGCAUGUUAAAUGUGUUACUCAAGUAUGAAAGUGUGGAUUAAAUUAAACUAGGACUUUUUGAGGCACUGUUGUUGCCAGUGAUGCAUUAUAAUUAAAUUUAGUUAGUAGCGAGUUCA